UUCCGGUGACGACGGUGCAUGAAAGCUCCUACUCUCUGCUUAGUUAACACUCUUGCAUAUGAAGUUUCUGAAGUUACUCUAGUAAAUAUCAACUUUUAUACACAAAAUUAACUUGUUAACCAUGCCGAGUUAAAACAGUUAACGAGAAUAAUACAUCUACUUCUGUAACAUAAUCCCUCGUUAUACAUUCUAAAUGUGGUAUCAGAGAAGGUUGACUUGCUGCAUGUUACCGUUUUCACUCGGCAAGUGAAAUUAUAUUGUGCGGUGAUCGCUAACGGGUGUUAAGUUAUAUAAAGGUCGCCGUACUAGCGAGGAUGACUAGCAAAGUGCAGCCCAGCGAAACGACGGACACCACCACCAAGAUAGAGAGUAGAGUGGGUCCUGACACCAAGUUCAUCACAAACAACAAGGGAAAACGAAUACAUUGUAGCUACUGGAGACCCUCUGAUGACGUACAAAUAAGAGGCCUGGUGUUUAUAUGCCAUGGGUUUGGGGAACAUCUUCAGUGGUACGAGGACCUGGCGCUCCGCCUCACAGCCACCGGGCUCCUUGCCUUCGGCCACGACCAUGUUGGUCACGGGAGGUCAGAGGGUGUGCGAGGCUACGUUGACUCUGUGGACGACUACGUCACUGAUGUACUACAAAACUAUGAUGACGUGCGGUCUGGCUACCCAGGUCUGCCCUGCUUCAUCGUUGGCCACUCCAUGGGCGGGAUGAUCACCAUCAAGUGUGGACUCGCUCGGCCGCACUACUUCGACGGGGUGGUGCUCAUGGGUCCUCUCAUCAAGGCCAACUCGGCCGAGGCCACACCGCCCAAGAUCUUCCUGGCCAGGCUGGUCGCUCGCAUCCUCCCUUACCUGGCGGUCGCUAAGCUGAAGCUGGAUCACGUCACCCGGGAUGAGGACAUGAAAUCUCGAAUGAGGAAGGACCCACUCAGAUAUCAGGGCGGUAUACGGGCACGCUGGGCCAUGGCGGGCAUAGAGACUCUACUGUACUUUGAGAAUCACAUACCUGAGGUGGAGUGGCCCUUCCUCAUCCUUCACGGGGAGAAGGACCAGCUGUGUGCACCUGAGGGAUCCCAGAUGCUUCUUGACCAAGCCAAGAGUUCUGACAAGACUUUAAAGAUGUUUCCUCUGGCCUAUCACCACCUGUACCUGGAGCUGCCUGAGGUACGACAUGAAGCACUUCAGGACACAGUCGACUGGAUCACCGCCCGAAUCUCUCCCAGCAAAAAAUGAGUUUAUUAUUUAAGAUAUGACAAGUGACGAGUAAUAUUAAAUAUCUUUGUACAGUUAUUGUUGUAUAUAUGAUGUCGUUGGUGUUUGUUUUGUUUUUACAAGUACAGUAUUAGCGUUUGGUGAAGAGAUAAUGUUAUUAAGUUUGUUGUACACAAGCAAGAUAACCUAGAGCUGUGUGAAGAUUCGUCUUUGUGAUUACCCACAUCUUUGGGAAACAAAUUAUUAUAUUCUUGUACAUAACAACUGUGUGAUUUUAUUUAUUAAAUGAACACUUUUCUGCCACAAUUGUUUGCCAACUGUAAAGUUUUUCAUGACUUGAAUACUUAAAAAAAUCAUAUACAGUAUAAGGUAGAUAUUAUGAAGAUAUAAAUAACCCAGCAGAGAGGUUAUUUUUACAGUGUUCACAGCUGCACUAGAGAACAGCUAUAUAAUUAGUUGUGAACUUAAAUAAACUUAAAGAAACAUGUACUUACAGACUGACACGCACACACACACACACACACACACACACACACACACACACACACACAUUAAUAAUUUUCCUUAUGACACUUUAGCCGAAUGUUCCUUUCUUGUUUAUAAUGAAGAACAAUGAACACACCUGAAACUGUGUACCACCGAACAUUAGCUUAGACCAGGGGUCACCAAACUUUUUUCACAGUGGGCCGGAUAACUGAAAGAAUGACGAGCGCGGGCCGCAUAAUCAUUCUGUUCAAUACUUGCAAGCCAGAACGAAAGCUCUGGUAACGUCAGAGCGUAGGCGGAGCUACCACGAGCCGGGGAAGGACUUGGGAUCCGGCCCGCGGGCCGUAGUUUGGUGACCCCUGGCUUAGACUGUUAGGGGGCAAAGCUGUGAUGUAGAGCGAGAAGGUGAUGUUUACAACUAGUGAGUGUGUGUGAGAUUCAUUAUUUUGAAAGUCUGGCAGAAUAGUAUUCAUAAACAAAAAGUGGUUCAGCCACUGUAUACUACGGCAUCUUAAUCACUAUUUUAUUCAAAGUUCAUCUUCCUAACUCAAAAAGUGGCUAAGAUAUCGCCUGAUCAACAAGCAUGAGAGCAAGAAAGAGAGAGAACGACCCUCUUUGGGAACUCAAGUGGUUGGGGCGGUACUGAAGGUCGGAGAGGGAGGGAGGGCAGCAUUCAGUGAACCAUAAAUUAUCUCCACCUCUGUGUCUGACGGGUUCGAAAUAAACACCUGACUAGUGUUGUCUCGGUAGUGCUGGUAUACAGUAUAUGAUUGUGGAGAUGCGUUUCUUAAUUUUUAUGGUGUCUUCAGUAUAGUACUAUUUUUAGAUAGAACAAAUACGAUGACAUAUACUAAAUUUUCGAUAAAAACAAAGACAAUAGAAUUUAUUAUGUUGUUUUACUCACGUUAGAAAUUAUUCCACCUUGGGAUGAGUUGCUAUAGCGGAAUAUAGCAACAUAACAAUGUUGGUAGCAUUGUCAUCAACAAGUUGGAUAAAAGAUGUCAACAUUGUUAGAAAGAAAGAUGAAAUGUUCACAUAAUCCAUACCAGUCAUAUUUCUGUUACUGACAAUGUUCUCAACAUUGUUUUGUUUGUGUGAGGAUACACCUUUAGUUGUUCCCAUGACGUAAUAUGUUAUAUUCCUCGUGUAAUUUUCGCAACAUUAUUGAUAACACAGUUGCCAACACAUAUUACCUACAUUGUUGGACUGGAGUGCUUCCACCUUCCGGACUUCGGCUGAAGAGCUGGUGGCGUCCAUGCCUCGGAGGCUAAAUAGCGUCAUUGAAACAGGGGAUCCCUACACUAAAUAUUGAUGGAAAUAAAAUGUCUGUAUAUUUUGUUUCCCGUCCCUAUCAAUAAUUACCUAACUAACAUGAAACCCAUGAAUUUCAAGCUAUGAGAUUGACUUCUUUGCCAAUGCAUCUCCCUGUCAAUCGUAUGACACACAGCUGUGUUGUCCACUCCCUAAAUUGUUAAAUUUAAUUCAUUUAUUUUCAUAUAAUGGCAUGCGGUUGUAAUCACCCUGCCUAUGUUAACAUAAUUUCCCAAUAAUAUAAUAUUAUCGUCUGUUUUAUAACCUGAUUAUGUGUUGACAGCCCUAUACUGAUAUAAAGCUACUGGCAGCCGUAGCGACAUGCAACUCACCAAGUCUCGGUAGAGCUUUGUCUUUCAAUUCUGGCCUAGCAUCCAAAAAAUCCUGGAGUAUACAGGGAACUAUUAGGAGGAGCGUUUUACAGGCAUGUACAGUGUAGUAGUUCCUUUGAUAUUUUUGAGAAAAAUGUUCAACUAGCCACUAAAAUUAGAAGCCUUGCUGGUAAGUAUUGGAAAUAUUGUAGAAAUUACGUCAUUUGUAGUAACCCUUUGGAAAGUGUAAGUUGACCGCCACAAAGACUUUGAAAAAUGUAUUGAUUGUGUUUUGGUCCAACAUUUUAAAUUUCCAAAAAAUUAUAGUAUAGGAAAACAAAACAAGAAGCCUCUCAUCUGUACAUUAUGAACCAGACUAUUAAGUACAUGUGUAGCAGUUAUUUAAUCUUUGAAUACAAUUUCAGCUGGAGAAAUCCUGUUUCAGCUUGUACGGGUCCGCCUCCCAUCAAGUGUAAGACAACAGGCACCGUAUUUAUCAGUGUUGAAAGUCAUUAUCCCGGCACAGUAGUUAAAUCGCACAUCGACUGGAGGCGUCACAUGUCCAACAGAUUAUAAUAUUUAUUUUCGUAGGUGUCUAUACACACCAUCAAUGGUUGUCAUCCUCGAGAAAUUAGUGAUCAACAUUUGCCUUACCUUCGUUAAUGUUAGUAAUGUGUAGGUGUGUGGCAACACAGGUGGCUCAGGUGUGUGUCUUUUCAAGUGUGUUGUUCUCGCUCAUAUUUAUCUUUAACCCCACACGGCCACUCGCCUUCAUUGUCUGCUCACUCGGGAUUAAGGUGUUAUAAAGGGAACAUAAGUAUGUUAUGUGUGAAAAUACUCCCCUUUCACAGUAGGACAUACACACACACACACACACACACACACACAUAUAUAUAUAUAUAUAUAU